AAAACCCAAAGUGACUUUAAAAAAAAUAACAAUUCAUCUCUGGAAACAAGUCUUCACCAGAGAACAAUGGCCAACAACCACCACCAGAUCAGUUCUCCGGUGAUCAUUGUGACGAUGCUGUUUCUGGAUCAAAGCCAUUUAAACUAGAUGAUGGAACUUUUAUGCAGCUUGUCCUCGUCAUCUAUCCAACUUCAUGUUCACUACGUCUCCUCUUCUAUCCAUGCUUGUCAAGCCAAACUCCGCUUCUCACACCCUUUUCUCCUCUCCAAAAUCCAAUUCCCUGAGCUCCAGCUUUCUCCUUGUCCCACCAAUCCCAAUCUUCCUCCAUCCUUUGAGUCCUCUAUGCAAUUCCACCAACCUUUAGCUGCACUCCUUCAAACCCUCUCCUCUCAAGCCAAGAAGUUAGUAGGAAUCCAUGCUACUUUAAUGUCUUACGCUGUUCAGGACACUGCUUCGUUACCAAAUGCAGAGCUCUGCUCUUUUUUUUACUUCUCCGCUUCCGUGCCUUUCUCAUUGAUUGAGGGUGACCAGAUCGAUCUUCUAGCUUGUAUAGAUCAAGGAGAGAAAAUGCGUUGGGCGGUUGGGCCGUUGAUCCAGAUGAUAUGCAACCAUGAGGAAAACAACUCCAACAACAGGAAACACAAGUGCUUGGACUGGCUGGAUAAACAACCACCAAAUUCCAUGAUAUAUGUAUCUUUUGGGACACAGAGUUCUAUGGAAAGCAAACAAAUCAAGGAGCUUACCAUCGGGUUAGAAUUAAAGAACGGAAGGACAGGCGAUGGUGUUAAGAGGGUGGACUCCUCAGGUGGAAAUAUUGGGCAUCCUUUGGUUGGUGGUUUCAUGAGUCACUAUGGGUGGGGAUCCUAUCUGGAGAGCGUAAGUAUGGGAGUGCAUAUAGCUGCAUGGCCAAUGGGCACUGACCAACCUAGGAACGCAGCUUUCGUGACAAGGGUGCUGAAGGUCGGCCUGGAGGUACUGGGAUGGUCACGUAGAGAAGAACUGGCGACGGCUUUGAGUAUUUUGGAGGUUGUGAGGGUUCUGAUGGCAUUUGUCGAAGCAACUGAGACCAAGUCUUUUAAUUUUAUUAUGACAGUUAUGUUAUGUAGCAGUUUUCUUUAUGGAGAGAGAUUUCAUGAUUCACGAGUGGUCGACAAGAUGUUGGUUAGUCUUCCUGAUAGAUUUGAACCUAAAGUUGCUGCAAUUAAAGAAUCUUAUGACUUGAGCAAGCUUUCCAUUAAAGCACUCACUGGAAAAUUGCAAGCUCAUGAAAAAAGACUUGCAAUGAGAUAUGAUGAAAGUGUCGAAGGAGCAUUUCAAGCUAAGCACAAGGGGAAAUAUUUAGUUGCAAGUUCAAAUUGGAAGCAGGAAGCUAAUAAAGUGGAGAAAGGUAAACAACAAGUUGAAUCUUCUAGAAAUUUUGACAAGAAAGACAAAUUUCCUCCUUGUCCAAAUUGCAGGACGACAAAUCAUCUUGAAAAAGACUAUUGGCACAAGGGAAAGCCAAGGUUUUACUGCAACAACUGCAAGAAAAUUAGUCAUACAGAAAAAUUCUGCAAGGCUAAACAAGUGCAGUUCAGGCCAAAGCAAGUGUAGCAGGCUAAUUACACAAAAGAUCAGAAUGAGGAAGAUUAUAUGUUUGUAGCUAUGCAUAGUUGUUUUGUGACUUUAGAGAAUUCAUGGUAUGUUGACAAUGGUUGUAUAAAUCAUAUGGUCAAAG